CGCUCCCAAAGCUCACCUCUUGCUCUCCGUUCACUUGGCUCAAUUCCCAUAGUUACUUACAUAUGCUCCUCUGCUGUCGUAUAUUAAAAUUUUUUUUUAGUUAUUCCCGUCUCCCGGACCCCCACUCAAUAAACCCUCAUCUCUCUCACCCAAGCUGCAAAACACUAGUAUGGCUCGUUUUACUUUUCUAGCGUUCUCCUCUCUUCUGCUUCUUGCUUCCCUUUCCAUCACCGGCGCAGAAAUGUCAGCCAAGGUAGGGAUAUGCUACGGCCAACUGGGGAACAACCUGCCCACCCCAAGCAAGUCCGUUGAGCUCAUCCAAGCCCUCAAAGCCAAAGGUGUCAAAAUCUACGAUGCAAACCCAAAAAUCCUCGCCGCUCUCGGGGGCACCCCCCUUCAAGUCUCGGUGAUGGUGCCCAAUGAGAUCAUCACCAACAUUUCCUCUAACCAAACCCUAGCUGACCAAUGGGUCAAGACCAACGUGGUCCCCUUCUACCGCAAGACUAGAAUCCGGUACCUCCUGGUCGGCAACGAAAUCUUAAGCGGCCCCGACAAAACAACCUGGUUUAAUCUGGUUCCGGCCAUGCGAAGAAUCAGAUACUCGGUCAAAACAUUUGGUCUGAAUAAAGUCAAGGUCGGAACUCCAUUGGCUAUGGACGUGUUGGGAUCUUCGUUCCCUCCGUCCAGUGGCUCUUUUAGGUCCGACGUUUCUGAUAAAGUCUUGAAGCCGUUGUUACAAUUUUUAGAUCGGACCAAGUCUUUUUUCUUCAUCGACGUGUACCCUUAUUUUGCGUGGGCAUCCCAACCUGCCAGCAUCAAUCUUGACUACGCGCUGCUGGCGUCCAAGAACAUUACCUACACGGAUCCGGUUUCCGGUUUGACCUACACUAACCUGUUGGACCAAAUGCUGGACGCGGUCAUCUUUGCCAUGAAGAAGCUCGGGUACCCGAAUAUCCGGGUAUUUAUUGCGGAAACGGGUUGGCCCAACGGCGGGGACGUGGACCAGAUUGGAGCGAACACAUACAAUGCUGCCACUUAUAACCGGAAUGUGGUCAAGAAGUUGAUGGCUAAGCCGAAGAUCGGGACACCGGCCAGACCCGGCGUGGUUCUGCCUGCUUUUAUUUUUGCUCUGUACAACGAAAACCAAAAGCCGGGUCCGGGCACGGAGCGGCAUUUCGGGUUAUUGUACCCGAAUGGGACUCGUGUGUAUGAGAUUGAUCUGUCUGGUAAGACGCCGGAAUCCGAGUACAAGCCGUUGCCGGAGCCAACUAAUAAUGAGCCUUACAAGGGGAAGAUUUGGUGCGUGGUGGGCGAGGGAGCAAACCGGACGGCAUUGGCGGCGGCAUUGGGUUAUGCAUGCGGGCAGGGGAAUGGAACCUGUGACCCGAUUCAACCGGGUGGGAAAUGCUAUGAACCGAAUUCACUAGUCCACCACGCGAGUUUUGCUUUUAGCUCAUAUUGGGCCCAAUUCAGGAAGGUUGGUGGGACCUGUUAUUUCAGCGGUCUUGCAACCCAGACCAUCCGAGAUCCAAGUUAUGGAUCUUGCAAGUUCCCAAGUGUCACCCUUUGAAGUCAGCAUGAAGCAGAUCACCGGAAAGAAUUUGGAUACAGAAUCAUAAUGCUCGAACUUAACAUCUCUAUUGCUUAAGAGCCUUAUUUUUUGGCCAAUAAAAUUGAGUGCCAAUUUUUUGUCCUCCUUUUUUCGUGAGUAAUUCGUUUAGCCUCUCAGCCAGUCUCACCCAUUGUAUCCAAUUCCUCCCCCCAAAACCCAAAUCACCAAACGCCAUUGUACCCAAUUUUUUCUUUUUUCUUUUUGUCAAAGGCAUUGUACCCAAUUUGUUUUACAUUUUCAAGUGCAUUCUUCUGCAACUUGUACAACUACUCCUCCGUCUGCAUUCACUGGACUAAAAUGGGCGGGCCAUACCAGAUUUGCAGAGGUGCUGUUUAGUGAACGUUGCCAUCUACUGUCGGCACCCCUUUUUACAGAGUUUCAACGGCUAUGAAUCUUUAUGGAGGAUCCCAAGCCGCUAUUCUGUCA